AUGGAGCUACGGGCCUCGGACGGCUAUUUCUUGGGCGAUGUGGGUUUCUGGGUGGAACGGACCCCUGUGCAUGAAGCAGCUCAGCGGGGUGAGACGCUGCAGCUGCAGCGGCUGAUAGAGAGUGGUGCCUGCGUCAACCAGGUCACGGUGGACUCCAUCACGCCUCUGCAUGUGGCCAGUCUGCAGGGCCAGACACAGUGUGUGCAGCUGUUGCUGGCCGCUGGAGCCCGGGUGGAUGCCCGCAACAUUGAUGGCAGCACCCCUCUUUGCGAUGCCUGUGCCUCCGGCAGCAUCGAGUGUGUGAAGCUGCUGCUGUCCCAUGGGGCGAAGGUCAACCCACCCCUGUACACGGCAUCCCCACUGCACGAGGCCUGCAUGAGUGGAAGUUCUGAAUGUGUGAGGCUUCUUAUUGAUGUUGGGGCCAAUCUUGAAGCACAUGAUUGCCACUUUGGGACUCCUCUGCAUGUUGCCUGUGCAAGGGAGCAUCUGGACUGUGUUAAGGUGCUGCUCAAUGCAGGGGCCAACGUGAAUGCAGCAAAACUUCAUGAGACAGCCCUUCAUCACGCUGCCAAGGUGAAGAACGUGGACCUCAUUGAGAUGCUCAUUGAAUUUGGAGGGAACAUAUAUGCCAGAGACAACCGAGGGAAGAAGCCUUCUGACUAUACAUGGAGCAGCAGCGCCCCAGCAAAGUGCUUUGAGUACUAUGAAAAGACACCUCUGACCCUGUCACAGCUUUGCAGAGUGAGCUUGAGGAAGGCCACUGGAGUAAGAGGACUGGAGAAAAUCGCCAAGUUAAAUAUCCCUCCCCGGCUCAUUGAUUUCCUUUCCUACAACUAA